GUGUAUCCAGCAAUGCAGUGGCAAUUCUUUACUGCCCUAGUGCUUUUUGUAGCAUGGAGUUGUCCUUCGCAAGGAGUAAGGAUAUCCGCCCUCGAGAUUGAGCGACGCUUGCCGCAAAAGCAGGCAAAGAUUGGCUCCAGAAACUAUCCCAUCGAGUAUGUCCUGUUGCCGAGUGCUCGUGGUGGAUACAGAAGGCGGUAUAUUCAUAGUCUGGGCAAAGCAGCUCCUACAACAACUGAACGCCCGUUGGUUCGUGUUUGGAAUAGCUUCGUCCGCAGUGUUCAGCCCGCGUUCAGUUUUCGUAACCUGACCAAUCCGCUGGCCAACUUCUUUAACGAUGGCAGUGCGAACAUCAUCGAGACGUCGCCGGUUUAUCUGCAGUCCUACGAUGACGACCAGGAGCUGCAGCUUGAGGAACCAGCUCAAGUGGCCCCACAGACUACCAAGAAACGCAAGCGAAAGCGCCGCAAGCAGCAAAAGCGACGACCAGUCUACGACUCGGCGGAGAACGAUGAUACCUACAGCCCUUACGAUCCCUACUUUGUGCCACCUUCUCCGCCGCGGUCCGCCGAGCCUAUGUUCUUUUACGACACCAAUUCCGGUAGCUACUACGGAGUACAGCGCUUCAGUCCGCAGGAUUUCCAAACUAAUUUCUACGGCAGCUUCAAUAUUCCGCCGCCUAGGGAGGCAGAGGAUGUGGAAGGCGAGCCUGAGGAGGAGACACCUGUAAUGAGAAGACUUGGAACCAGAAAGGUGACCCUACUUCGACCACUGCCCCUAUUGUCGGCCAAGGGCCAAUCAUUGAAGAAGCUAGUAGAAGUCAGCAAACCGGAGCCUCCCAUUGAGAAUGAAGAAACCGCAGAGGAAACAGACAGCAGCGCAACGGGCGAUGCACCGACUAGCGAUGACGACAAUGGUGAUAUCGAAGCCCAUUCACCGCUCUCCGAGAGCAUGCGCAAUACUCUUGGCACGUAUAUGCGCGACGAUAGCCACACCCGACAGCGCCAGAGGCUCGCUAGCGAUGCAGCAGGGGAUUUCGAUUCCGCCGCCAAAGUCUCGCCACGCCAUCAUCAACGACACCUUGCCCGGCUGAGCUCCUGGUAAUCCAUGCUAAGCAAUAAACUAUAAACUCUUUACUUAUG